AUGAUCGAUGGCUCUCUCACAGACUCCCUCCCCCUCGACGCUGCCGCCAGAGUCGCAGCUAUACGUCAAACAGUUGUCCCAAAUUCCAGCGCAAUCAAGGCCAAAGUCCAUUCCGAUCCCUCGCUGGAAACUGAACGGGUAACCAUCCCAGGACCUCGUGGAGACAUCGACAUCGUUAUCAUCAAGCCAAAAGGAGCCUCGAGCACCGACAAGCGGCCAGCCAUCUACACCAUACACCCAGGCGGCGUAGUUAUCGGGGAUGAAUACCUCAAUCUCGACUUGGCUAUAUCCUGGGCGAAGGAAAUCGACGGUAUCGUCGCCACUGUCAAAUACAGGCUAGCUCCAGAGAACCCUGGCCUUGCACCCUUUGAAGACUGUUGGGAGGGCCUCAUCUGGUUCGCAAAGCAAGCAGACCGAUUUGGCUUUGAUCCUGACAAGUUGCUCAUCGGAGGUGCUUCUGCUGGCGGUGGUCUUUCUGCUGCGGUUGCAUUAAUGGCGAGAGACAAGGGAUAUCCCAAGCUAUGCGGACAAAUCCUCGUCUGCCCGAUGCUGGAUGAUCGUGCCGAUACGGUUUCCCACAAGCAAUAUCUGCGUCAUGGGACUUAUUCCGGAGAGUCGGACGAGUUUAGCUGGACAUGUAUAUUGGGUGACCGCCGCGCGACGGAUAAAGUCUCUGUCUUCGAAGCCCCAGGUCGAGCAACCGAUUUGUCGAAUCUUCCUCCUACGUAUAUCGAUGUCGGGUCCGCUGAGCCCUUUAGAGAUAGCGUUGUUGCCUAUACGUCCAAGUUAUGGGAGCAUGGCGUGCAGGCCGAGCUGAUGGUGUAUGCUGGUGGAUUGCAUGGGUUCGAGCUCUUUGCUCCGGAAGCGAGUGUGUCGAAACAGGCUUCCGAGGCGAGGUUGAAGUGGCUCCGGCGCCUUAUGGAUCAGUUAAAAUAA